UGUUCAAUGUUGCGUUCUGCUGCUUCAGAGUUUUUACUUCCUCAGCACUGAAAUCAAUCGAUUUCUUCAGGUUAACGAUACUGACAGUGUUCUUUUACACCAAAUUCAUGAUGUUAUCUGUACUCUCUGAUUUUAGCCGUGAGGAUGCGGACGAUGUUGUCCUGUAGCUGGCUCAUUGAUGGUUCACUUCUCAGCUUCUUUGGAAGUUGCUCCUUGGUUGGGGUAUUCGGUGUUACAGAUUCACAUUACCGAGCAUGUCUCAACCCGUACCGCGCUUUUAUCUGCCUAAAGGUAUCUUCACGCACGACUGUACAGGCCUUUUGGAUACGCUUGUUCAAGGCCCAAGACAUAAAGUCUCCUGAAAGCUGUGUAGUAAUCAUUCCAUUGCUGACCCAUAGGAUGGUAAUCACAUACAUGAUUGGCUUCAUCUAGAAUCAUGGAUACCUUUCAUACCUUCUCAUCACAAGUUGGAACUAGUGGUCAACAUUGGGACAAUGCAGCCAUAAAUAACAUGGACCAAUAUUUUCAUGGAGUGAGCAAGACCUGCCAGCAGAGCUCACUGGAGCAGGGAGACAUGCCGUCAUCCUUUUGGCGCCUGACAAAGCUUGAGAUUCAGAUCCUGCUGAACGAUGUUAAGCAUUCGAUUAACCACAUGCAGGGGACGCUGAACACCAUGCAGGGGCAGUGUAUUGAGUUGCAGACUGCCAUGUCUAAGUUCAUCACAGCAGCUGAUGUUGCUGUACAGAGGAAGGAGAUCCUCCGAGCAUCAGGCCUCAUCCCUGAACAAAAGGAGUUGAUCCUCCUCAUGGCCAGUAUCACUGCGCAGAGGAAGGGAAUCGUCCCAAUGUCCAGUGUCCCUGCACACAGGGAGGGGAUCCUCCUCACAGCCAGUGUCCCUGUGAAGAAUGGAAACAAUCAUCCACAACCACCUCCCAUCAUCCCCAUGGUGGCACCACUGUGGAAAUGGGAUGGUGGUCCGAUAGUCCAGGAUUAUGAGGAAAAAUUGGCCCUCUUUCUGGGACUCACCCACAAACAGGACCAAGCCUGACCUGCUGAGGAGUGA